GAGACAGAGAGAGCGAGUAAAAGAAAGACUUCGGCAUAAACUGAAUAUUUUUGUUAUCGCGUGCAGAAUGAACCGUUUGACUAAAUUUAUUUAUAUUAAAUAGUCUUUGAAUGAUAUACGAGAUUUAUACACUGCAAGAACGAUAUCUUUCUUAAAUGUAGGAAAGUAUUCAUAUCAAUCAAUCAUUGUCUACUCUUCGAAAUGUAAUCGAUGCUUUAUCUCGUCAACAACAUUAUAUACCAUAUCAUGAUUCAAGUUUAACAUAUUUAUUAAAAAAUAGUCUUGGUGGUGAUGUUAAAGCAUACAUGUUUGCAACAAUUAGUCCAUUAUCAACUGUUAUUGAUGAGAUAAUAAAUAUAUUAAGAUAUGCAGAACUUGCUACAGAAAUAAAUAACGUACCUCAAAAAAAAUCUACAUUUAAUAUAUGAAAUAGAUGAAUUAUGUGAAGAAAAUACUCGUCUCAAACAAGAAUUAUUUCUUGUUAAAUCAAUACAUUCAACUACAUCAAUAAAUAGUAAAACAUUAUUAACAAAUUUUUACAAUGGACCGUCAGUAUCAUCAGAAAAACAAAUUGAUAAUGAUGAAAAACUUGAUAUUGUCUAUGAAAAAGUUUGUUUACCGAUCAAAGUUAUCUUUAUAUAA